AUGGUAUGAUCCUGAUACAUAGGGAUCAUGGUGGGGGUUUCAGGUCGAUGGAUUGCCCCUGAAUCGUUCUAAUGUGGGGGAAUUCUUCCCAUGCUCAGAGAGCCAGAGCGAAGGAGGAGAAGGAGGAGGAGCAGAUGGAGGAGCAGAUGGAGUAUGUUGAUGAAACUGACGAUGACGAGUGGCAACAAAAAGUCUGUUCUCAUCUACUGGAGAAGUUCAGGUGUGUGUCUGAGGGAGUCGCUGUUGCAGGGGAGCCGACACCUCUGAAUGACAUCUACACAGAGCUCUUCAUCACAGAGAGAGGCAGUGGAGAGUUCAGCAUGGAACACGAAGUCAGACUGAUUGAAACUGCUUCCAGGAAACCAGCCAAGGAGGAAACACCAAUCAGAUGUGAAAACAUCUUUAAACCCUUACCUGGACAAAAUCAACCAAUCAGAACAAUGAUGACAACUGGAGUUGCCGGCAUUGGUAAAACCGUCUUAACACACAAGUUCACUCUGGACUGGGCUGAAGGCAAAACCAACCAGGACAUACACAUCAUAAUUCCCUUCACUUUCAGAGAGCUGAAUUUACUGAAAGGGAAAGAGUUCAGCUUGGUGGAACUUCUUCAUCACUUCUUUAUUGAGAUCAAAGAACCAGGAAUCUGCCAAUUCGACUGGUUCCAAGUUGUCUUCAUCUUGGAUGGUCUGGAUGAGUGUCGGCUUCCCCUGGACUUCCAGAACAACCCGAUCUGGACUGAUGUCACAAAGUCCACCUCGGUGGACGUGCUGCUGACCAACCUCAUCAGGGGCGACCUGCUUCCCUCCGCUCGCAUCUGGAUAACCACACGCCCUGCGGCAGCCAAUCAGAUCCCUGCUGAGUGUGUUGACAUGGUGACAGAGGUGAGGGGGUUCAACGACCAACAGAAGGAGGAGUACUUCAGGAAGAGAUUCAGAGAGGAGACGCUGGCCAGCACAAUCAUCUCCCACGUCAAGAAAUCACGAAGCCUCCACAUCAUGUGUCACAUCCCAGUCUUCUGUUGGAUCACUGCUUCAGUUCUGGAGGACUUCUUCAAAACAUCCCAGACAGGAGAGGAGACCCCCAAAACCAUGACUCAGAUGUACCUCCACUUCCUGAGGGUUCAGACCAUACAGGGGGACAGAAAGUAUUGUGGGAUGCCAGAGAACAGGGAGAUCAUCCUUUCUCUGGGAAAACUGGCUUUUAACCAGCUGGAGAAAGGCAACCUUAUCUUCUACGAGGCAGACCUGGCAGAGUGUGACAUCGAUAUCAGAGCAGCCUCAGUGUACUCAGGAGUGUUUACCCAGAUCUUUAAAGAGGAGUGUUGGCUUUACCAGGAGAAGGUGUUCUGCUUUGUCCAUCUGAGCCUCCAGGAGUUUCUGGCAGCCCUUCAUGUCUUCCAGUCAUACAUAAACACUGGCGUGGAUCUGCUCUCAGAAAAAAAAGAAAGAAAAAUGAAUCUCUUGAGGAAGAAAUCUCUACUUCACCACCUCUGCCGGAGUGCUGUGGACAAGGCCUUACAGAGUGAGAAUGGACACCUUGACUUGUUCCUCCGCUUCCUCCUGGGCCUCUAUCUGGAGACCAAUCAGAUUCUCAUACGAGAUCUGCUGGGACAGAAAGGAAGAAGCUUGCUGGCCAAUCAGGAAACAGUCAGUUACAUCCAGGAGAAGAUAAGUGAAGAUCUCCCUCCAGAGGGAAUUCUCAAUCUGUUCCAGUGUCUGGAUGAGCUUAACGACCGUUCCCUAGUGAAGGAGAUCCAACAGUACCUUACAUCAGGAAGUAUCUCUGGAAAAUCUCUCUCCCCUGCUCAGUGUUCAGCUCUGGCCUUCAUCUUACUGUCAUCAGAAGAGGAGCUGGACGUGUUUGACAUGAAGAAAUACUCAGCCUCAGAGAGAGGUCUUCUGAGGCUGCUGCCAGUGGUCAAAGCCUCCAAAACAUCUCUGAUGAAUGGCUGUCGGUUGUCAGAGAGAUGCUGUGAAGCUCUGGCCUCAGUUCUCAGCUCCAACUUCUCUAGUCUGAGAGAGCUGGACCUGAGUAACAAUGAUCUGCAGGAUUCAGGAGUGAAGCUGCUCUCUGCUGGACUGGGGAGUCCAGACUGUACACUGGAAACUCUCUGUCUGAUUGGCUGUCAGCUGUCAGAGGAAUGCUGUGAAGCUCUGGCCUCAGUUCUCAGCUCCAACUCCUCUCGUCUGACGGAGCUGGACCUGAGUUCCAAUGAUCUGCAGGAUUCAGGAGUGAAGCUGCUCUCUGCUGGACUGGGGAGUCCACACUGUACACUGGAAACUCUCUGCUUGUCUGGCUGCCUGGUCACACAGGAAGGCUGUGCUUCUCUGGCCUCAGCUCUGAGCUCCAACCCCUCCCAUCUGAGAGAGCUGUACCUGAGCUACAAUCACCCAGGAGACUCUGGGGCUGCGCUGCUCUCUGCUGGACUGGAGGAUCCACGCUGGAGACUGGACACUCUCAGUGUGGAGCACGGUGGAGUGUGGAGGCUGAAACCUGGUCUAAAGAAGUAUGCCUGUGACCUCACACUGGACCCCAACACGGCCUACAGACGACUCUCUCUGUCUGAGGACAACAGGAAGGUGACGAAGGUUGGAGCGGACCAGUCGUAUCCGUAUCACCCAGACAGAUUUGACUUCCAGUGCCAGGUCUUGGGUAGAGAGGCUCUGACUGGCCGCUGUUACUGGGAGGUAGAGAGGGAAGGAGUGGUUUAUAUAGGAGUGACAUACAGAGGAAUCAAAAGGAGAGGAAAAUUUUAUGACAGCGAGCUUGGACGGAACAACAAGUCCUGGGUUCUUUAUUGUUAUGAUAGUCGUUACUCUGUCCGGUACAACGGUAUAGAGACAACCCUCCCUCUCCCCCCCGCUGGCUCCACCAGAGUAGGAGUGUAUCUGGACCGGCCUGCUGGCUCUCUGUCCUUCUACAGAGUGUCCCCAGGUGGAGGAGGGUCCUCAGACACACUGACACACAUCCUUACCUUCUGGUCCUCCUUCACCCAGGAGGACCUCCUC